UGCAAUUUUGUUUUCGCCCUCGAUGUAACGUAAUGGAAAACAUAUUAAAUUGAGCUCAGGCGGCUCGUCUUGGGGGGCGAAGUUUUGUUUCUGCACCCAGUAACAAAUAGGUAGACACUGCAAAAAUAACACGCUAAAAAUAGUUUUGUUGCACACACGUAGCUGCCACAAAACAGUUCAAGGAACGGGGCUACGGAGUACUUAAAUGCAAAAAUGGAUGAGAAAAUAAUCCAAGCUGUAUUGAAUUAUGAGGAAAAUGCCUUCUUUAUCAGAAGCAUGACUGCACGUUGAAUAUUGCGUGUGGCGUCGAGAAAGCAAAUAAAUAAAAUAGCAGUGUAACGCAUUCCUUGAAUAACUUCGCACAUUUCAGAUGUCAGAGGGGGGUUUCGGUGCCCCGAUCCCUUUAAGUCCCGUGAGGGUGCAUGACUUCUCACACACUGGGCCUAAUUGUAGCUUCCAUGGAUCCGAACAUCGAGCAACGCCCUGCGACCAAACAGGGUGUUUUAUUCUCUGAAUUUGAGACCCUUUUCGUGGUUGUGUUCAGGAAGUGGUGAAACUGUCUGCAGUGAAUAAAACUGAUUUUUAUAAUCGCUGCUCUGGGAUAGUGCAUGUUUUAGUUGAACCCCGCAAUGUGUCAUUUUUAUUUUCUCCUUGGCUGUGGGCUUGAGGCGUAAUCUUACCUGUAAGAGACGUCUGCAUGGAGCCCAUUGUAUACCUGUACUACGGAGGUUCCCAAAUGCCACCUUAGUCUUGCUCCUGCUUGACGUCAUUUCAAAAUUAGCAAGCAAGUGUGACGUUUAUAGGAGUCACGCACGUUACGCACGUUUGCACGUUUUUUGGUUAUUUUGAAAGCACUCGGUGCUUGUCCACUGUGGUUUGCAUGACAGCGGAACGUUGCAUGACAGCGGAACGUUGCAUGAUUUGGAACCUGCCUCUUUUAAACUGCUUGUGUAGAUUCAUAGGCCUGUGCACCCCUUGAAAUUAGAUGAGACUGAACUCGAUUGUUAAAAUAGAGUUUUGCUUGUCUUGACUAACCUGCUGAAUGUUUCACGGUUUAACUAUAUUUAAAGUCGAUUAAAGUGGGAACUGGGUGUUCUAAUACCUGAGAAAGUAAACUUAUAAACUCUGAAGUCAUUGCAAACAGUGUCCCUGUCUACUUCCUCUUGUGAUCUUGCUGGUGAACCUCCCGGGAAUCCAUGCUUUGUUAGGCCUUCCCCUAACUCCCGGCCCAUUAUUUGACUUGUUGCCGUCCAGAUUGUUUGCCACAUUGACUUAUGGGAAGUUGGGGGGGGGGGGACCCCGAGGGCUGCAGGUAAUGUGGCCCGUGUCUUCACAAACGUGGCGACUUUAUGCUGUGAGUUCAUUUGUGUACGAAGGAUGUGGCAUAAAGUCCAUGCAAAUCAGUUCUGCCUCAGCUUGCAGUCUCCAAUCCUUUCACUGGCCUUGGUCCAGACCUGUAGAGGAAUUCUGCAGCUCACACACAGGAAAAGCAAGAGGCAGAGCCAAACUCAAGCUGUCAAAGGAAGUUUUCGAGCAGCCGCCUCAAACAGCACCCAGACCCCCGAGAGAUUUGGAUUCGAAAGCCUGUGUGACCAUUGGAGGGAAGAACUUCGAGGUGAAGGCGGACGACUUGGAGCAGAUCAGCGAGCUGGGCCGCGGGGCCUAUGGGGUGGUGGACAAGAUGCGGCAUGUGCCCAGUGGUCAGAUCAUGGCGGUGAAGCGGAUCAGAGCCACAGUGAACACGCAGGAGCAGAAGAGGCUGCUGAUGGACCUGGACAUCUCCAUGAGGACUGUGGACUGUUUCUACACGGUCACCUUCUACGGGGCUCUCUUCAGAGAGGGUGACGUGUGGAUCUGUAUGGAGCUGUUGGACACCUCAUUGGACAAAUUCUACAAGCAGGUUAUUGAGAAGAGGAUGACCAUCCCAGAAGACAUCCUGGGAAAAAUGGCGGUGUCUAUUGUGAAGGCUCUGGAGCAUCUGCAUAGCAAUCUCUCAGUGAUACACCGAGACGUGAAGCCGUCCAACGUGCUCAUCAAUGCGCAGGGCCAGGUCAAGAUGUGCGACUUCGGGAUCAGCGGCUACCUGGUGGACUCUGUGGCCAAGACCAUGGACGCUGGUUGCAAGCCGUACAUGGCGCCUGAGAGGAUCAACCCGGAGACGAACCAGAAAGGUUAUAACGUCAAGUCUGACAUCUGGAGUUUAGGGAUCACCAUGAUCGAGCUCGCCAUCCUCCGGUUCCCCUAUGACUCGUGGGGAACGCCGUUCCAGCAGCUCAAACAGGUGGUGGAGGAGCCGUCGCCGCAGCUUCCGGCCGACCGCUUCUCGCCGGAGUUCGUAGCCUUCACCUCCCAGUGUUUGAAGAAGAAUGCCGUAGAACGUCCUACUUACACAGAACUCAUGCAACAUCCAUUCUUCCUGCUCCACGACUCCAAAGACACUGACGUGGCCGGCUUUGUUAAGAUCAUCCUGGGGGCCUGAGGGCGGGGCCUCUCCCCGUGACUCUGCCCACAUGCUCUGGGGAGGCGGGACUACUCCAAAAAAAAUCACAAUCCAGCUCCCCGUGGGAAACCUUCACAUCCUCUCCUGUCUGCCCUUAGGGAGCUGUUGUCCACCGCAGCAGGGGGGUUAACCCACUAGGGGGUGCUCUUCCACUUUGAAUAUGCUUUCAAAUUCUGAACUUUAUAUUUCCAUCCCACCCUCAAGUUCAAAGAGUUAUUUAGCUCCUUACACCUACCCCCAAAAUCUAUUCUUCUACGCAUCGAAUUUUGACUUGUCUGUCUGCCUGGUUAUAUUUUCUGAAAUGUUUCAUUUAACGGGCAGGUGGCCAAGCACAGGGAAAAUAAAGAUAUUUAUCUGCUA